AUGAUCCUCCAAUCGGUUCCGAGUGAAGACUACGACGAGGAGGAAAACGGUCUUGUGUCCAACAGCCCUCGUCCGCCCGCCACAAGGAAGCUCCCGCUGAAAGCGCGGCGGGUUACAGCUGCGGACCACCGAAUAUCGGAGGAGGACGAGGCCAGUUGGAAGCUGGUGGCUCUUGGUAUUUGUUGUUUCCUCGGAGUGGUCGCAGUGGGCGCAUCGCUGGCCGUGUUGUCCCGAGUGGGGCAAGAUGCUGGGGGGGCCUUGCAGGGGACCCUCGGCAAUGGAGCCACAGGAGUGAAGCCGGUGCUAGCCAUCUUUGGCUUCACGAUACUUGGGGAGGAAAGUGCAGAACAAGCGCUGCCUACCAACAACGCGGUCGCCUGGGUGGCCGCCAGUCUUCUCAAGGACCACGGCCAUCUGUUGCUGUCUCCGUACGCACAAGGAGAAGCCGCUUUCGCCAUGCCCGAGGGGAGUGUUACAAAGGGCUCCUACAUCCCGGACGGUGAGUUGGUGCAGAGCUGGCGCCCCGCUGGUGCUGGCCGCCUCCUGAGAGCAAAGGCCUCUCGUACGAGCGCACUGAGAGCUGUUGUGGUGGGGCCCAUCUCGGAGAUCCUCCAGGACUUUGUACCGAAGUUCUUUGGUUGCUUGCCACAAUGUCAUGCCAGCAAGUUCGUCGGCUGGACGGAGCAUGUUGCCAAGGCAGUGAUUUUGGGGAAUAUCCUCGAAUGGUAUGACUGGACGGUCUUCGGCUACAUGCAGGACAUCCUCAAAGAAGUCUUUGCCGACGGCAGCGCAGAUCAGGCUUGGCUCCUCUUUGCUGUGCCCUUCUUGGCACGACCCUUUGGCAGCCUCGUCUUCGGCUGGAUCGGAGACACCUGCGGCCGAGCCUUGUCGCUGCAACUGGCGAUCUGGGGCAUGGCGGUGGCGACGGCAUUGCAGGGUUGCUUAUUGCCCUCACUUCCAGGAGUCACCUGGAUGUUGGCUGCUUUACGGCUCCUUACUGGUCUGUCCGCGGGCGGUGAGUCUGCUGGAGUGAACACGUACAUGUCGGAGUUCGGGGAAGAGGGGAGGGAGCACACGCUUGCGGCUGCUAUCGGUGUCAACAACGUGAGUGGCUCGAUGGCCUUCUUUCUGGCCAACGCCGUCUCGCUGGCGGUGCAUCAGCUGCCUCGUGAGACUCAGAUCGCCUGGGGCUGGCGCAUUCCGUUUCUGCUGGCAGCGCCUUUGGGCUUUGUCUCUGUACUUCUGCGUCGCGGCAUGACGGAGACUUCUGAGUUCAGAAAGAAGUGUGAUGCGGAGAUGUCGCAGCACAAUACAGCAUCCUCCAUCGAGGAGAGCUCCGAGGAGAGUCGCUCGGAGAGCUCCGAGGACACUGAAGCUCAGAAGGUGCAGAGGAUAUCCAGGCCUCUCUCCUUCCGUGCCUUCGCCGCCCGCGCCGUGCUGGCGGCAUUGGUUUUAGCAGCUGUCACCAGCUGCAACUACCUGCCUAUCUACUUGGUAUCCUGGUUGGAAGAUGCCGGGCUCCGUCCGUCCCUGGCCCUGAGCAUCGCCGCUGUGGCCAAGGUGACGCAGGUCUUGAGCACCUUUCCUGUCUCCUUCGCCGCAGACCGUGUUGGGGCUGUAUCAGUUAUGCUCUGCGGUGGUGCGGCCACCGGUCUUGCGGCAGUGCCCUUUCUGCUGUUUGUCGGCGAGACAUCUACGUGGCAUGGUACGGCCUUUGUCGUGCUGGGCCUGUUGCUACCAACUAUGCUGCAACCUUACACCCGGUGGAAAGCCUCAGACACGCCUGCCAUGCUCGGUGCGGUGCUGGCAUGUCUGCUUGGACCGGUGGUCGCCACCCCUCUGGCCACCUACAAAGUUGAGGCUCGCUUCCCUCACCGCGUCGAUUGUUUCACAGAGGGCCUGGUGCUAAACGGCAGCGAGGUCUUGGAGUCAUGCGGGCUGACGGGCAAAUCCGUCUUGAGGCGCUAUGACCUCUCGAGUGGCCAGACCAAGAAGGAGGUUCACUUGGAUGGGAAGUACUUUGGCGAGGGCACUGUCGAGCUCGGAACGUCGCUGUUCGUUUUGACCUACCAGCACAAAGUGAUGCUUGAGUACGACCGAGAGACACUCACGGUAACAAGAGUCCAUCCGUUUCCCUACGGUGAGGGCUGGGGCCUCACCACUGAUGGCUGCGAUUUGCUUGCGACCACGGGCGCACCGUACUUGUAUCGGCUGCGACGUGCUGAAGAUGGUGAGUUCAAGCUUGUGAACAAGGUGUUGGUGAAACACGAGGGGAAAAGCCUGAGGAUGCUCAACGAGGUUGAGUAUGUUACGCCAAAGCUCUGGGUGAACGAGUGGAUCACCAAUCGAAUCUGGCGGGUUGAUCCAGUCACCGGCGACUGUGAGAGAUACAUUGACAUCAAAAAGCUCCAUCCAUGGCGCGGCCAGGCGACACCAAACGGUAUUGCAUAUUCCCCAGCCUUUGGAAAGGAGCUUCUGCUGGUCACCGGGAAGCUGUGGCCCAACAUGUUUUCUUUGCGCAUGAGCGCUUCAGACCUCUGCGGUGGUGUCCUUUCGUCAAAGCCGGAAUGUAUGCAAGCGCCACCAUCCGUGUGCCGCGAUUCCCGCGCGGUGGCCGACCCGGCACCUGGGCCAACGGUCGUGGCCACAACGUCCACAGCGAAGCCUACAAUGCCUGCGCUUUCACAGACCAUCCUCGCCCCCACUACGCUUCCGCAACAGGGCCCUGCCCCAAAUGUAGGCCUCUUCAGCAUGCCGCCUGCGACAGUGUCCGGCCUGCCUUUCGGUUUCAGUACGGCCUUGAGUCUUCUAGGGAUUUGCAUAUUUGUGGUUGCCUUCGCGUCCAGUUUGCUGCUUCGAUACAUGCGCCGGCGUCAGCGAGAAACGCUGCAUCGCCAGGUGGAGUCUGAGUCCGAUGGAGGCUGA